AUGAAGCUCACCCGGAACUGUCUCAGCAACAUCGGCAAGAUGUUGGACUUUUAUUCGCAAUUCAACCCUUCGCCGCUCUCGAUAAAGCAAUUCAUCGAUUUCGGUCUAAGUGCCUGCGAAAGGAAAUCUUUCAUAUUCCUGAGGAAAGAAUUGCCAGUUCGGCUCGCUAAUAUUAUGAAAGAGAUUCAUUUGCUGCCGGAUAAUCUGCUGAAGAUGCCUAGUGUGGGUAUUGUUAAUAACUUAUAUGCCACUUCCUUCGAGGAAAUAAUACACUUCGAGAAAGUUGAAGUCAACGAUACUACUUUAGACAAAUUCUGCCAAGCUUUGAUAAAAAUCCGGAAUAGACACACUGAUGUCGUUCAAACUAUGGCGCAAGGCGUUCUGGAGCUGAAGGAGUCUCACGACGUAGAUAUUCAGACUGAAAACAGCAUACAGUAUUUUCUGGACAGAUUUUUAAUGUCCCGCAUUUCCAUUCGUAUGUUAAUCAAUCAGCACACACUCCUUUUUGGUGGACAAUUGAAUGGGCACAGUAGACAUGUAGGAUGUAUAGAUCCAUCUUGUGACGUGAUCGGCGUUAUUAAGGAUGCUUAUGAGAAUGCACGAUUUUUAUGUGAUCAAUAUUAUCUGGCUAGUCCAGAAUUAAUAGUCAAACAGCAUAAUGAGCUUGACCGUAGUAGUGAAAUUAGAAUCAUUUACGUGCCGAGUCAUUUGUAUCAUAUGUUAUUCGAGCUCUUCAAGAACAGCAUGCGAGCCGUGAUGGAGUAUCAUGGAUCGGAUUCGGACAAUUAUCCGCCACUCGAGGUUUUGUUGGUGCGUGGUAAAGAGGAUAUUUGUGUCAAGAUAUCCGAUAGAGGUGGUGGCAUUCCUCGUUCACAAAUGGACCAUUUAUUUAAAUAUAUGUAUAGCACCGCCCCACAGCCGAGUAAAUCGGAUGCUCACACAGUACCGCUAGCAGGAUACGGUUACGGUUUGCCAUUGUCUCGGCUCUAUGCCAGGUAUUUACACGGUGACAUCGUGCUACUUAGUUGUGAAGGUUAUGGAACAGACGCUAUCAUCUAUCUGAAGGCAUUAUCUACCGAGGCGAACGAGCUAUUGCCAAUAUUUAACAAGACUUCAUCAAGGUUUUACCGCAUGCCGAUACCCAUUGCGGAUUGGAGCAGUCAAUGUGGUGGUGGAAUGGCGACAAGACAACUUAGUAUGAGUCACGCUCAGGGUCACAGGCUUCCCCAUGGAUUGGAAAUCACUCAUUUAUAGCAAAACGCGAUCGAUGCGGAUCAGGAAACGAUUUGGGAACUCGGAAAAAUUUUUUGACUGCAAGUUGAAAAGUAUGCUUUACAGGAAAGCUAGAUCUGCAUUUGAAAUUAGAAUUCAAAUGUUGAAGAAAUAUUCUUUAUAAAUAUAAGAAACAAUUAGUUAUUAGAUGUAUAAAAUAUUAUAUUGGCCAGAAAUAACAUUGAUAAUCUUCCUUGUGCCGCAAUUGCAUUACAUAUCAAAUUAAUUGUA